CGGUCUCCCUUUUGGACAUACAGACAAGUUUCGUCUUUUCGUUUUCGCUUUGCCACUUUGCACUUUGCCAGUUUGCCGCUUCGCUGCUUCCGCCCGUCGCACAGUGUAGUUUCCUACAACUACACUGUGCAUGUGCGACCCGGACCCGGGCGGAGAAGAUUCAUUUCGCGCGUGUUCCCCUAAAAUCACGCCCCUGACUUGCGCGCGUCUUGUGUCCAGGCACUUCUCUCCCCCAUCAAGCAAACGGCAACGACGAACGACCUUUGACGACAGCUGUGCGCGUCGAUCUCCUUCGUUUAGGACGAAGGGAGGGGCAUGGCGACGGCAGGAGGAGCCCCCGCGGCCACUGUGGCGCCGUUGGCCAAGUAUAAGCUCGUCUUCCUGGGCGAUCAAUCUGUGGGGAAGACGAGUAUUAUUACGAGAUUCAUGUAUGACAAAUUUGACAAUACUUACCAGGCUACCAUUGGGAUAGACUUCCUUUCGAAAACCAUGUACCUGGAAGACAGAACGGUCCGGCUGCAGCUCUGGGACACCGCCGGACAGGAGCGGUUCCGCAGUCUCAUUCCAAGUUACAUUCGCGAUUCGUCAGUUGCCGUUGUUGUUUAUGAUGUUGCGAAUCGGCAAUCCUUCUUGAACACUGCUCGAUGGGUAGAGGAAGUCCGGACGGAGCGUGGCAGUGAUGUCAUCAUCAUGCUUGUUGGCAACAAGACGGAUCUUGUGGAUAAAAGACAAGUUUCUAUCGAGGAGGGGGAUGCGAAGGCACGUGAAUUUGGCGUGAUGUUCAUUGAAACAAGUGCAAAGGCUGGAUUCAAUAUUAAGGCAUUGUUUCGGAAGAUUGCAGCAGCCUUGCCAGGAAUGGAAGCCGUGUCGGCGACGAAGACGGAGGACCUUGUAGAUGUGAAACUGACGCCAACGGUUAACCCACCACAGGCGGAAAACAAGGCCGGGGGUUGCUCGUGCUGAGCGAGGGAUGGGUCGUACAUGUUGUUGCUUGAUUGGUAUUCUUUUCUUAGGUUUGCGUUUUUGGGACUUUUGAGGGCAUCUUUUGGAGAUGCGAAAUGUGCUGUCGCUGCUUUCAGUGUUUUUUUUUCUUUUUUUUUACGCAUUGCUUUUCCAGGAGCAAGGUUUGAAUAAGCCCAACUUAUGGGAAUUUAAAAGAGCCAAUUUGCAUGAACGCAACAUGUCUCAUGUUGGACGGGCUGAUAACAAUAGAGCCAUCAACCAACUGCGAGAGAGCAUUGCUGUCGGGUGGCUGUUGUUGCGUGUGUGCUGCACUUGCCCUCACCUCUUCUUCUAGCCUUGCCCUCACCUCUUCUUCUAGCCAGAGGAUGCGGAGGGGAGGUUCGUAGUCAUUUUGAUAGGGGGGGUUGUUCGUUCGACGGCUUUAUCCUCGGUCUGUGGUGCCGCUGUGUGUGUCUGCUUGUAGGUACUUCUCCAGAUCGAUGUGAUCCCCUCUGUUGAUGUCUUAGCAGCAUGGGUCAGCAGCACAUACCAGCCACACAUUCUAGUCCAAUGAUGUGCCCACCAGUUUUCCUCCUUCACACCUUGUAGAUAGUCCUUGCGGAUUAUUAGGGGAUCUUCACAAACAACAUUGUAUCUUGCGGUUUAGGGCGUACGACUGUUCAUGAAAGGACGUGAACGUGAGGGGAAAGGAGAAGGAACAGGUCUCACUCACCUGAUCUGCAAGGUACAUGUACAGGGUGCGGAAUGAGAAAAGCAUCGAGUGCAUUGUUGCUGGUAUAGGAUGCGAGACUGGUGUGUUAUGGUGCUGUGAUUUAUCUUUGACUGAUGCCUGCCUGCUGUCAGACUUGAAUGAGUUAAACUGCAAGUACACGGUCCCUAUGCCAGCUGUUGGUGGGCCGAUGGUGGAUCUUGCCCUCUCUUCGGAUUGGCCAUACCCCUAUCAUAUAGAAAUAAUUUUGGCGGGAAUCCUCCUUUGCACGGGCAUGCCGAGUGUUAAACCGGAAGUACACGGCCGCGGCAGCCUUGCAGAAAGUUUUUUGUCGCCACUAGCAAAACUCGGAGGGACUGCGCGGCGUGGGGCGCUGUUAAAAAAAAAAAAUCGGCGGCCUCAAAAGUGGUGCCAGGUUUCCUGCUGACACCCGCGGGCCGAUGUGUCGUGUGCUGGUGCUUUUUAAAACAGAGGCUGUGGGGCACUCCUGCCUGGGAUUUAUGGAUCGCAAGUCUGUUGUCGACAAAAUGGGCAUGUCCUGUGGUCAUGCGAACUAGACUCUUGGUUGCUCGAUGGCUGCUACCUUGUGAAAGAUAUGUCCUUCUGAAUCAUAAUCAGGAAGGAGUCUUGUGUCUAUCUAUAAGGAAGUGCAACAAGUGUCUCCAACUUAUGGUGUAUUGUUGUUGUGUUUUAGUUUCUGAAGCAUUCUGCGGGGCUCCGAAUGUGAUGUCAGCUCGGACGGAGGGAUAUCACUUGUGAGGAGGUGUAGGUGCUCUCUGUGUUCUGAUUGUUGCUCUCUUCUUCUUUUGACCGGUUUUGCUAGUUAAUCUUUUUCGUUUUUAUCCGAUUUUUGGUUUUUCGUUUUUAUCCGAUUUUUGGUUUUUCGUUUUUAUCCGAUUUUUGGCAGUGAUAGUGGAGUUGGAGCUUCGAUCAGAGGUCCGAGAUUAGACGGAGGUUAGGUUAGCAGUGUGGAGUCUACGUGGAAAUGACAUCUUUGGUGUUAUCUGCUUUGUAUGUUUUGGUGGUGCAUCUUUUGUUUAUUUAGAGGUGGCCCGUGGUUGAAAGUCUGCUGGAGUUGUUCUCAGGUCGACCUUGAAAGUCUUUUAGCAAUUCCUUGGGGGUUUUGCGUCUAUUGUUUGUUCUAAC